AUGCAUAAGCCAAGCCCUCUGUUUGCUGCAGCAGCAGCAGCAGCAGCAGCAAGUGCAGCAGCAGCCAAUAAAGCGACAAUAGCAGCGGCAAGUAUAACAGCAGCAGCAGCACCGCAGCAGCAACAACAACAGCAGCAGCAGGAGCAUCAGCAGCAACAGCAGCAGCAGCGGCAAGAGCAGCAGCAGCAGCAGCAAGAGCAGCAGCAGCAGCAACAGCAGCAGCAAACGAACUCCAGUGUUUCUUCGGAGUCUGCAAACAAAUUGUCUAAAUUCGCUUGCUACAAAUAUCACACGCCCGGCUCGACGGAGCUCCACAUCUGCAGCAGCAGCAGCAGCAGUAGCAGCAGCAGUAGCAGCAGCAGCAGCAGGGAUGCUUUAAGAUGGACGUUGGUUUUACACGGACGCAAGCCAGCAGCAGUAGCAGCAGCAGCAGCAGCAACAGCAGCAACUGCAGCAGCAGCAAGGAGGAAAAGUUGCGGACGCGCGACAGCAGCAGCAGCAUCAGCAACGCCGUCAACACAAUCAACAAUCGCAGCAAGAGCAACAGCAGCAGCAGCAGCAGCAACAGCAAUAACAGCCUGCCUGUCUUUGCUGCUCCCUCAGCAUUCACGGGGAGACAAUUGUCUUCAUCACUUCCGCUCAGAGGCACCCACUGGUCCGGAGGAAGCAGCUGCAGCAGCAGCAGCAGCAGCAGAAGCAGCAGCAGCAGCAAGCGGAGCAACACCACGAUGCCAAACGCUGCAGCGCUCGCGACAAUCGCCGCCCCACAUCUCCCCUGUAGUCCUUGCAACAGCAGCAGCAGCAGGAACAGCAGCAGCAGCAGCGGAGACAGCAGCAGCGACAGCAGCAACAACGGAUGCUGCAGCAGCAGCAGCAGCAGCAGCAGGGAGCAGGUGGCUUACCUCCACCUGCACGAAGUCUUCGUGGACAGCGCGCCCCCUGUUUUGUCUCCCUGCAGCAGCAACCAAAGCAUACAUGUACAUUAGCAGCAGCAGCAGCAGCAGCAAGAACUGCAGCAGCUGGAGCAGCAGCAGCAACGCCAGCAGCGGCAGCAGCAGCAGCAGCAGCCAUUCCAAGACACGCGCAUACACUACAAACGUUCAGCCCGACGCAUGCAGAGGCCUGACCCCGCGACAGCAGCAAGUGCAGCAGCAGCAGCAGCGUCAGCAGCAGAAGCAGCAUCAGCAGCAGCAGCAGCAACAGCAGCAGCAGCAGCAAACCCUUGAUAAUGAUGUCAGGCAGGCCGUCUUUGGUUGCUACGAAGGCAUCAUCCGGAAACUUCCGAUUCACGUUUAG